CAGUAAAAUAAAUAAAAUAAUAUCUGCUGCCCUAAUUUUUUUCCCCUUUUUUAAAAAUUAAACCCAAACAAACGCAUCUUCAUUCUCCAAUAAUUCCCAAAUUCAGAUUCUUCCGCGCCCUAAUUGAUGUGAAGUGCCUGUUUAAUUUUCAGUUCCCUACUCUAUUCACCAUCGCCACCGUCUCUCUCACCUCCAACCUUUUUUCUAUGGUCGCACGGUGUCGAAUCCCGUUAACAAACAGUUGCGUAAUUAGGGUGGGAUUUCAGAAACAGCAUCGUUUUGCAGUUCAAGAAUCGCGCAGCAGGCGAAGUUAAAUUGUUUGUUUGAGGGCGGAAUUCAAUAAUAGAAACGUUUUUCCCAGUUCAAGGAUCGCGUUAGCAGUUAUACCAGGACUCUUGCAAUUGGUGAAGAAGGAAAACAUGAUUUAUACAGCAAUCGACACGUUUUAUCUGACAGAUGAACAGCUGAAGAACUCACCGUCAAGUAAAGAUGGGAUUGAUGAAGCCACUGAAACUACACUUAGAAUCUAUGGGUGUGACCUCAUACAAGAAUGUGGCAUACUGCUUAAACUACCUCAAGCUGUUAUGGCAACUGGUCAGGUCUUAUUUCAUCGUUUCUACUGCAAAAAAUCAUUUGUCCGGUUUAAUGUAAAGAGGGUUGCUGCCAGUUGUGUUUGGCUUGCUUCAAAACUUGAAGAAAGUCCUAGGAAAGCAAGACAGGUUCUGAUUGUUUUUCACAGGAUGGAAUGUAGGAGAGAGAAUCUGCCCAUUGAACAUUUGGAUACAUUUUCCAAGAAAUAUGUGGAUCUAAAGGGAGAUUUGAUUAGAACAGAAAGACAUCUAUUAAAAGAGAUGGGUUUCAUCUGCCAUGUUGAGCAUCCUCAUAAAUUUAUAUCAAAUUACCUUGCAACACUGGAAACUCCCCCAGAACUUAGACAAGAAGCAUGGAAUCUUGCAAAUGACAGUUUACGCACAACCUUGUGUGUGAGAUUUAGAAGUGAGGUUGUGGCUUGUGGCGUCGUGUAUGCUGCAGCACGUCGAUUUCAAGUACCACUACCUGAAAACCCUCCUUGGUGGAAAGCAUUUGAUGCAGACAAAUCUGGAAUUGAUGAAGUUUGUAGAGUUUUGGCUCAUUUAUACAGCCUUCCAAAGGCCCAGUAUGUACCUGUAUGCAAGGAAGGGGGUUCUUUUGCUACGCCUAAUCGAGCCUGGGAUUCACCACAUCAGUCAGUUUCAAAGGAUGGUUUGUUGACAGGACCAAUCGCUAAUGAAGAUGCUAGUGCUGGAAAGGUGUCUUCCGCUGCUGCUAUAAACCAGGAAGUUGGAAAGGAUGAACUGAUUAAAGAUGCUCCUGACAAAUUGAAGGAGUCGAAGAAAACCGAUGAUGGAUCAUUAAGCACGAUUAAUGGUGGAGAGUCGAGAGAAGAACCUGAGUCAAAAUUAGUGUCGGAUAAUAGAACAGACACUAGUGGAGAAAGGGUCCUUGAGAGAGAGAGAGGCAGAGAAAGGGAAAGAGAUAAAACUAAGAGCAGAGACUAUGAAAGAGGGCGGGAAUCUGAUCGGGAAAGAGGAAGGGGAGACACUGAAAGGGACAGGGACAAUGUCAAGGAAAGGGGUCAUCGUUCGAGGGACAAAGGAAAAGAUUCUGGACACAUGGAGAAACCUAGACAUCAUUCAUCUCGAGAUCGUGACUACCGCAGCUCUUCUUAUUCAUCGAGAGAUAAAGACCGCAGGAAACAUCAUUCGUAUGCUUGAACUGAGGCCUUCGUUCGUUUUCGGCUAUUCUGCUCCAUGAUGGUAUCAUAAUACUUGUGGGCACAUACAUAUACAAGGAGUUGAAAUGUGAUGCGCAUCCAUUGAGCGAAUGUGGAUAUGCGGGAGGGAGAUUCAUUUUUGUUGGCUGUAUGUAUGACUGAAAAUACAUAAAAAGUUCAGUGACUGUAUUAUUAUUAUUAUUAUUAUUAUUAUUAUUAUUAUUACACAUACUAAAUGUUCUUUUUAGUAGUAGUAAUCUGAAUAUUGCAGGUAUCGUUUUUGUUGAAUGUGAAUCAGCAGUGUCCUAAAACUAGGGGCCAUCAAGAGAUCUAUGCAAUCUGAAACCUUUUUUAUUUUUUAUUUUUUUUUUAUUUAUUAAUUGAUGUUUGAUUUCA